AAGACACGGUUCAGUUUCGCCGGUAGGGAAGUUUGAAGUGAUCAGUAAGAAAACAGUCGAGCGGAAAUUGUAGAAUUUCUAUCAGCACUACUCGAAUAUUACAAGUAUUCAUCAUACAUUCUAAGUUCUUCCAUAAUGACAGAGUUGUGCGGAAAAUACAAGUUAGUCAGCAGCGAAAAUUUCGAUGAAUUUAUGAAAGCUAUGGGUGUAAAUAUUGUUAUGCGUAAAGCUGGGCUUAUGUCAAAACCUGUUGUUGAAAUCAAGAAGGAGGGAGAUGAGUUCAUACUUAAGACUACUACCACUUUCAAGAACUCGGAGAUAAAAUUUAAAUUGGAUGAGGAGUUCGAAGAAACACGAAUGGAUGGUUCUAACUGCAAGACUGUUGUUACACUCGAAGAUGGAAAAUUGGUGCAGAGGCAGAAAGGAGAUAAGGAAGUGACCAUCAUCAGAGAAGUUGAAGGAGAUCAGAUGAAGACUAUAUGCAAAGUGGAUGAUAUUGUCAGCACCAGGAUUUAUACACGUUGUGAAUGAGCUUCUCUGAAGAAUCUUUAUAUUACAUUUUUGUAUUGUUUCAACAAAAAAUUAAUUUUUUAUACGUUGUUUUCAUCUUAAAAUUUGUCAUUGUUUCUGCCAUUUGCUCUAAAAAUGUUUACUUUCCCAUUUUAAGCUAAACAUAUCAGAAUUAAAUAAAAAUCUCAUUUCUACUGUU